AUGGGGUGUUUGUUAAGUAAAGACAAAGAUUCAGAACCAGAACACAACAAUGGUGGUUAUAGAUAUGGUGAACACAAUCAUAGAAACAAUCAUGAACAAGUCAACACAUCAAGAACAGCACCAACAAGUUCUUAUCAACCUCAAAUACCAACCAAGCCUUCAUCAAUUUCUGCUCCAAGUCCAAAACCUCUUAUCAAGCAAGACAGUAACACAAUCCUAGGAAAAGGUUUGGAAGAUGUGAAACAAUUCUACACACUAGGUAAAGAAUUAGGUAGAGGCCAAUUCGGAGUAACGUUUCUAUGCACCGAGAAUUCAACUGGAUUGCUUUAUGCUUGCAAGUCAAUUUCCAAGAGGAAACUUGUGAGUAAAUCUGAUAGGGAAGAUAUAAAGAGAGAGAUUCAGAUCAUGCAACAUUUGAGUGGUCAACCAAAUAUUGUUGAAUUUAAAGGAGCUUAUGAGGAUAGGAAUUCAGUUCAUGUUGUUAUGGAACUUUGUGCUGGUGGUGAACUUUUUGAUAGGAUCAUUGCUAAAGGACAUUAUAGUGAAAAAGCUGCUGCUUCUAUUUGUAGACAGAUUGUUAAUGUUGUUAAUAUUUGUCAUUUUAUGGGAGUUAUGCAUAGGGAUCUGAAACCAGAGAAUUUCUUGUUGGCUAGUAAAGAUGAAAAUGCACUUCUUAAGGCUACUGAUUUUGGUUUGUCUGUUUUCAUUGAAGAAGGAAAGGUGUAUCGCGAUAUAGUCGGAAGUGCUUAUUAUGUUGCUCCAGAAGUUCUUCGUCGUAGAUGCGGGAAAGAAAUAGAUAUAUGGAGUGCAGGAGUUAUACUAUAUAUCUUACUUAGUGGUGUCCCUCCAUUUUGGGCUGAGACUGAAAAGGGAAUAUUUGAUGCAAUAUUGGAAGGUCAUAUUGAUUUUGAAAGUGAACCGUGGCCUAAAAUUUCAGACAGCGCCAAGGAUCUUGUUCGUAAAAUGCUUAUACAGGAACCGAAGAAACGCAUUACCGCUGCACAGGUUCUAGAGCAUCCUUGGAUUAAAGAUGGUAAUGCUUCUGAUAAGCCAAUAGACAGUGCAGUUCUUUCAAGAAUGAAGCAAUUCAGAGCUAUGAAUAAACUAAAGAAACUUGCAUUGAAGGUGAUUGCUGAGAAUAUGUCCGAAGAAGAGAUCCGAGGUUUGAAGGCGAUGUUUACAAAUAUGGACACAGACAAUAGUGGUACAAUCACCUAUGAAGAACUAAAAGCAGGAUUACAAAGACUUGGCUCAAAGCUUUCAGAAGCUGAAGUUAAGCAACUCAUGGAAGCUGCUGAUGUAGAUGGAAAUGGCACAAUUGAUUGCAUUGAAUUCAUCACUGCUACAAUGCAUAGACACAAGUUAGAAAGAGAUGACCAUCUUUACAAGGCAUUCCAAUAUUUUGACAAAGACAGCAGUGGGUUUAUUACAAGAGAUGAACUGGAAACAGCCAUGAAAGAAUAUGGUAUGGGAGAUGAUGCCACAAUCAAGGAAAUUAUAUCUGAAGUUGAUACAAUUAUAUCUGAAGUGGACACAGAUCAUGAUGGUAGAAUCAACUAUGAAGAAUUCUGUGCAAUGAUGAGAAGUGGAAACCAACAGCAAGUUAAGCUAUUCUAAAGUACUUCUGAGAAGUGCUUCUAAAAUAUCAUAUCAUUGAUAGGCAUGUAAAGUUUUUGAUUUUGGAUUUUUUUUUCUGUUUCUUUUUCUUUCCAUAGACAAUUCAUUUUUGAGUCCUCUUCAAAUCUGUCUUGGACACCGGUUAUAGACAUAGCAAAGUUGAUACUUGAAUAAGAUUACGAUGAGUGGUUUAUAAGUCGCCUACUAAGGCCAUUUUUAAGGACAAAACUGUGAAGGUUCACAUAAGAGCUAAACAACGGUGCAGUAAACUCGAUGUUAUUUUUGUUAAGAUAUCGAUUUGAGACAAAUUGGAACUACUAUAACUUUAGUUCAUUAUUUGAUGUCAAA